CCACUUUUGCAUAUGACCGGUAUAAUUAGUUUUCCGCAAUGCGCCCUGCGUUGGAAACAGUCUGGGAUAAUGAAAUGUGCGUUGGCCUCCAACCCCGACAUAUAUGAUGGAGAUCAUAAACAGUCUUCCCCCGUUACAUUAAAUUAGACUUCUGCCCCUCCUGAUCAGGUUGUGCUGCAUGGGACAUAAUGUUGCAUCUGUUUUCAGCACUCAGUUUUUCUUUAGCCUCAGGAAACCAGACAGGAAAGUCCAAGUUUGUGUGUGGAGUCUGUAGCUACAUCUGAUGGCCAUUCAUUCAUUCCCUAUAGAGUCAUUAGAGAGUUAUUAUAACUCAUUAAGUCGGAUUUGCAUUGCUAAAAUAAAUAACCCAUGUCAGCUACCGGCAUUAGCAGGAAGUAACCAUAGAGAUAAAGUCUGAAAUACAAUGUUUGACAGUGUGAAAUGGUUUAAUUUACAACUGAAUUGUCAUUCUCGAAUUUCAACUGGUUGCUAUGACAGCCUGUCAAGAUGCUGUUUCAUUUAAAAAAAAAAAAAAAAGAAAAGAAUAAUAAAGCAGCUUCGAAAUAAACCACUGAGAGAAGACUGACAGGCACAUGCGUGUGAACAACAGGGAGGAAAAUGAUGCUACCACAAGAUCACUGGAUGCAACUCACUCAAAUACAAUUCGCGGGCGCAUUUGCACCCUUCCCGCGCUCCACCUGGAUCCAUCCACAGGCGCCCAACGACAACUUUGAUCGUGUCUGCAGAAACAUCUGGAGCAGAGCGAAAGAGGCCGGGAAGGAGUUUGGCAGAGGUCUGAGUCUAACGGAGACAUCGCAGGAUGAAGACGGCACCCCUCCAGACAGCAAGCCGAGUCAUCACCGGGCUGAGAAGCCGCAGAAAGAGACUGAUGAUUUGAGUCUGAGCACAAAGUGUGAGGAGGACAAGCAGCAAUGCCACACUGAGUUCACCCUUCCUUGCCGUUAUCUCUCGGGCCGCAGACACCCCCGUGUUGCCAAGCCUGCAUGGGUACUGAGCCCUGUGAUGGAAGUCAAGAUGAAACUAAAUGAAGAGGAAGAGGCAGAGAGGGAAAGAAAUUUGGGGAAAGAUGUGGAAGAUAAACAAAGGAGUGUGGAAAAUUCCCUGAAGAAGAUUCGGGUCCUCCAAUCCAUCAGCAGAACAGACAAACAGAGCUGUGCAUCUGAACCUGGACCUCUGGCGACGAAUCCCAUCUGCUGCGCCACUGAAGAAGCCGCUCUGCACCUGCAGGAUGAGGAAGACCCUCCACUUCCUUCUAGGAAUACAUGUGAAAAUGAAGAUGAGCAGGACAUAAAACAAAGCUCAGACAGCAAUGCCAGUGAUGAUGAUUUUGUUAGUCUACCUGAGGUGCGAAGUUGUGCCACUGAAAGCAGCGAUGACGGCUCAGCGAGUGACAACAGUGACUGUGAGAGGGAGGAAAAUGAAAUUCCACACUUGUCUGAUAAAUUAAGGUCUGACACUAAGCAGGAUUCCCCACCUUAUACUACAGAGAAGGACUUUCCUCCACUAGCCACCAUCAGGUCUGGCAUUUUCCCAUGUCCCAUGGAGACUCCAGCCUCAUGGAAGAUGCAUGGCCAGUGGGAGAUUCCCCUUUCAUUCCACCCACAUGACAUCCCCACUGCCACUUUGGCAAGCAAAAUGACCACCCCUGCGCAGGCUCCUGUCCAAGGCAAAGCCGAAGCACCUCAGGCAAACUCAAAAACCGAUGCAACACCAGCAGCCGCAACUCAGCAGGAGGCUUAUGACCUACUGGCUGACUUCCCAGCUCUCCAGCCCCCAAAGAGGCCUUUCGCAUCGGGUGUGUUGCGUGACGGGAAUCUCAGGACAAAAGAUGCAAAGAAGCAAAGAGGGCUAACUCGCCCACCAAAUGUCCGCCAAGAGAGUGGGGCUUCCCGUCAGAGGAGGAUGGAAAAUGUGCCCCAUGAGGUCUCCUCCAUCUGCGCAGGUGAUCAGAAAUCUGUGGCGAACCUUCAAACAUUUUGCUCGGUCAGUGAACGCAACUCUCCUACCAUCAGCUGUGGGGAAAUGAAGGCCAACAACCCACCGCCUCCUAGAGUUGCAGGUGCAGAUGGCGUGGGUGUUAAUGCCAGGUCCUGGGCUAGCGCUGCCAAAGCAGGCAUGAAGCAAGCAGCUGCCCCUCAGGAGAAAGCCAGACCUUGUAACUUUCAGCAGAUAGUUACCGUUAACAGAGCCAAAGCCAUGUAUUCUACAACUCAGAAUUUCGCCAGUAAAGUGACACCUUCCCAUCAGGUGACCAACUUCACUUGUGGUCCUCAACCACGCAAACCAAACCGGUUGGUUAGACCUGGUUACCCUCCCACCCAUCAGCUUCAUGCUGGCCUUCGUCUUGACUCGCUCGGGAAUUUGCAGUGUGAGCACUCUGGAGCCCAGUCGCAUCGAGCCAACUGUCCUCCAGGAUUCAGAUGUCCCCAUUUUCCUUUCCAACAGGGCAGAGGUAACUCAUCAAAACACAGCCACAUGUGACGACAACCACUGUGAUGCAAAGUAAUUGUGUUUCUGCUGAACAGUAUAAAUAUUUCACUAGCCUAUGUUUUUUUUCCCCCUCUUGUUAUCAGCCUAAUAAAUAUU